UAGUCUUGGAAACUAUUUUCUUUCAGCAAAAUUUUGUGGGCACUUACCAUGUGCCAGGCACUGUUCAGUGCACUGUAGUGCAGGAAUGAAUGAGACAGCUCAGCUUCCAGAAGUUUACCAUUUACUCCAGGGAGACAAGCAUAAGAAAGUGUGGUUUCUGACACAACCUCAGAGAAAAGAGGAACCUCUCCAAGGACCUAACCAGAUGCAAGCCUGAUUCAUCUCCAUAUCUUCCUUCUCCAGAGACACCACUAUCAAGAAUCUGGCUGUCAUUGGAACCAUGGGGCCAAGUCACGUCUGCCUGCGGCUGCCGGCAUUUGCCUCCCUGGGCACCGAGGUCUGAAGCUCGACGCUGGCAAGAGCCAGCCCUACCCUCUUGGAGGAAAUGGCUGAACAGCCUGAGCAACAGCAGAUGAGAACUUCCUUCCUCUUCAUCCAGCUGCAGGCCCCCCCUGCUGGAGCUCUCCCCUCCCGUUCUCCAGCCCUUGCAGCCUGGACAGCAGCCCCAGGGGGCCCGGAGGAGGGACACAUUUUCCCAAGUCCCAGGACUGGCCUCUUGGCAGGCCGGGGCCUCAGGCGCACACAGGGCUUGGCUGCUCCUCCCUUGCGCCUGCUGCAGAAGGGGGGCUCUGGGACUGAGGAUCCAGCUGCUUUCUGUUGCUCUGCUCUGAAGGAGGAGGAGAGAGAGGAAAAACCCCAGGAUCUGGAUGGAAGGAGGGGUGGCGUUUGCAGAUCCCCACGUCACAGACCUUUCCUGGCCCUUGCCUCCAGGAAAUUUGGACGACUACAGCCCCUGUCAUGCAGCCUUCCUAGCCCAGAUCCCGUAAUGAACGAUAAAAGCAGUGAUUCCUCCAUGGGCUGGGAGCACUGGCCAGCCAUCUCUGCCCCCCAGGGCCUGCGGAGCGCGGACCCUUGGUCUUGGGAUGCCUUGGGAUGUUCAGCUCCACAGGCCAACCUGGCUCACCCUACUGACAGGGGUGAAAGCGUUACGCUGAAGACAGCUGUCGUCACCUGCCAGGUGCUCCCUAAGAGCUGUGAAGAGGGCACCGGCACCACAGGGCGAGCCAGGAGAGCAAGGCUCUACAGAUACUCUCCUUGCCUUCAGACCAGCCAGAGCUACCCCGCCCCACCUGCCACUCUGCCUCUCAAGGCAGAGACAUUUGUUUGGGUUAACAAUGCAUCGGCGCAUUCCCAGAGUGUUGCCAAGGCCAAAUAUGAGUUUUUAUUUGGCAGAUCUGAAGAGAAACCUCCAGAUACUAGUGAUCAUGGAGGAAGCACUUUACUCCCACCCAAUGUCACAAAUGAAUUUCCAGAAUAUGGGACCAUGGAGGAAAGUGGAGAAGGCCUAAGAACUUCUCUUGGGUUUGAUACAGAGUCUCUGCCAGGCGGCCCACAAGGGCAGCGGGGGGUCCAGCUUCUUGAUGACCACCACUCUGGUCCUGACAGUGUUACAGAAGGACCAAAAGAUGUCAGAGAGUCCCUCUCUCAAAGUCACCUCAAGGAACAAAGUUUACAACCCAUUGACUGUUUGAUAUCAACUCUGAAAGCCACAGAAGCCAGAAUAGCUUCAGGAACAUUACAGGCUACAAAGGUACUGGACAAAGAUGCUAUUUCUAGUUUUUCAGUUCAGCAGGUGGAGAAGGAGCUGGACACUGCCCCUCAUAAAACAAAGAGACAGAGAGCCAACAAAUCAUUUCCUGCUGGCCAUGAAAAAGGACCAGAUAUACCUCUUUCAGCUGAAGUUACAACUGAGGAGAAUUCUUACUUGAGCAUCCAGAAGGAUCUGACUGUGCUAUUAACUGGAGAAACUCAGGCAGAGCUUUCCAAGGUAACUGAUGAUGGUAGAAAAGGGGCUUUUCGUGUGCAGGAACCAGCUUGUUCAGUAUCCUCCCUGGGGAGCCCAGCAGUGACCCAUACCUCGGCGGGCAGUGUUCGUUUUUUGAGGGAAAGGAGGUCUGAUCAAGGUAGCUCCACAGGACACCCUGGCCGGGUCAAACAUGUGGAAUUUCAAGGGGGUGGAAAUAUUGUGGACAGGAGGGAGAAAAGAGAGACACAGCAGCCUGUGGAUUUUGAGAUCCCAUUGGAAAGGACGACCUCUCCUGAAAGCAGAGAGUUUUCCAAAGUGCCAAGUCGUCUCAUCUCAUCUGCUGGUUUGUAUAAUUCAGUUGGUUUAACUGAGAGUGUUUGGGAUGAAACCUGGAACACUUCCUCAGAGAAUCCAGGCACUGGCUCAGGGACAUUUUCCCCUCUGCCUCUUGUUGACAGUGGAGAGGAUGAAGUCUUCCUCAAGGACAACAAAGAACAUCUUGAAAAGAAACCUGAACUGGAGAGAGACAAGGAAAGGACUCUUGAGCAAGAGGAGCACUUUAGGGGAGGAGAUGAUGAUAUCCUUGGGCCUGGGUAUACAGAAGACUCCACUGAUGUGUACAGCUCCCAGUUUGAAAAUUUGGACAACACUUCCUUAUACUACAGUGCAGAGUCCUUGGAGACAUUAUAUUCAGAACCUGAUAGCUUUAGCUUUGAAAUGCCCCUCACACCAAUGAUACAGCAGCGCAUUAAAGAAGGCAGUCAGUUCCUGGAGAGGACGUCGGUGGCAGGACAGCAGGAUGUCCUGAGCGUCUCAGCAGAUGGUGGAAUAGUGAUGGGCUAUUCUGGUGGGAUCACCAAUGGAUUGACUGACACCAGUGACUCCAUCUACAUGAAAGGCAUGCCAGAGAUUGCUUUCUGGGGAAGCAAUGCUGGGGUAAAAACAACACUGCUAGAGCCUCAUUCUGAGAUGGGGAGCACUGAAAUUCUGGAAAAGGAGACCUCCGAAAGUCUCAGUAAUGGUACCAGCAGCAACGUAGAAGCAGCCAAAAGGUUGGCCAAACGCCUUUAUCAACUAGACAGAUUCAAAAGAUCGGAUGUCGCAAAGCACCUAGGCAAGAACAAUGAAUUUAGCAAACUAGUGGCAGAAGAAUAUCUGAAGUUUUUUGAUUUUACAGGAAUGACACUGGAUCAGUCUCUCAGGUAUUUCUUUAAAGCAUUUUCUCUUGUGGGAGAAACUCAAGAACGAGAAAGAGUUUUAAUACACUUCUCCAAUAGAUACUUUUAUUGUAACCCAAAUACCAUUGCUUCACAAGAUGGAGUCCAUUGUCUCACCUGUGCAAUGAUGCUUCUUAACACGGAUCUCCACGGCCAUAAUAUUGGAAAGAAGAUGACCUGCCAAGAGUUCAUUGCAAACCUCCAAGGCAUAAAUGAGGGUGGUGAUUUCUCCAAGGAUCUACUAAAAGCUCUGUACAACUCUAUUAAGAAUGAGAAGCUAGAAUGGGCAGUAGAUGAUGAAGAGAAAAAAAAAUCUCCAUCUGAAGGUACUGAUGAGAAGGCUAAUGGAACACAUCCAAAGACCAUUAGUCGUAUUGGGAGCACUACCAACCCAUUCUUAGACAUUCCUCAUGACCCAAAUGCUGCUGUGUACAAAAGUGGAUUCUUGGCUCGGAAGAUCCAUGCAGAUAUGGAUGGAAAGAAGACUCCAAGAGGAAAGCGAGGAUGGAAAACUUUUUAUGCUGUACUAAAAGGAACAGUCCUUUAUUUGCAAAAGGAUGAAUAUAAACCAGAAAAAGCCCUGUCUGAAGAGGAUUUGAAAAACGCCGUGAGUGUGCAUCACGCGCUGGCAUCCAAGGCCACAGACUAUGAGAAGAAGCCAAAUGUGCUUAAACUUAAAACUGCUGACUGGAGGGUCUUGCUUUUUCAAGCCCAGAGUCCAGAGGAAAUGCAAGGGUGGAUCAACAAAAUUAACUGUGUUGCAGCUGUAUUUUCUGCACCACCAUUUCCAGCAGCCAUUGGAUCUCAGAAAAAGUUUAGUCGUCCACUUCUGCCUGCUACUACAACAAAAUUGUCUCAAGAGGAACAGCUGAAAUCUCAUGAAAGCAAGCUGAAGCAGAUUACCACUGAGCUGGCUGAGCACCGCUCAUAUCCCCCAGACAAGAAAGUUAAAGCCAAGGAGAUAGAUGAAUACAGACUGAAAGAUCACUAUCUGGAGUUUGAGAAAACCCGUUAUGAAAUUUAUGUCAGCAUUCUAAAAGAAGGAGGCAAGGAGCUCCUGAGUAACAAUGAAAGUGAGGCUGCAGGACUGAAGAAGUCACAUUCAAGCCCUUCACUGAAUCCGGAUUCAUCCCCAGUCACAGCCAAGGUUAAGCGUAACGUGUCAGAGAGGAAAGAUCACCGACCUGAAACACCAAGCAUUAAGCAAAAAGUCACUUAGAAUCCAUCUGUGACCAGGAAAUACUGGUCAUGGAGCAAAAUAGAGUUUUUCAAGAUCUUUCUGGUAAACCCGUGAAUAUAUUUUUAAACAGUCUGUGACUAAACGGUGCAUUAGUAACCUUUUCUAUUGUAUAGUUUUGUUAGUUUCUGUUCUGAUUGUCUCUUUGCUCUUAAUUUCUUCGCUUUGAUGAUUUUUUUGCUACUUGAUGACUAAUGCACCUUUUUCGUGAGGGGGAGGGGAUCAUGAUUUCAGAAUUAAUUGUGUGUCACUUUUCCUUUGGUUUUUUUAUUUGCCCUCUGCUCAGUCAUUUUAUGUAUUCUUGAAUCAGCUAUUACACUUUUUGAAGGUUAAAAAAUUUAAUUCAUUAUGAAACAUUUAACUGGACGAACUUGGUAGUUAGCAAAUUCUAGCCAGAGUUCAUAUAAGCCUUUAUAUGUGAAAUCUUGCUCAGUCACAGAGGUGAAAUUGAGCACUCACAGAAAUUCAGUUAAGAAUUACAGUUCUGGGACUCAAGAUGUUCCACUGUGAUGCAGGUGUGCAUACAUCUUCGCACUUACUGUUGAGGUGUGAUCCUGCUGAAAGCAGGGAUAGGAAGUGUGAAGGUCAGAGGACUUGGAGAACCUAAGAAGUGCAUUAGCUUCCUUGAAGUGUUGAUUACAUUUCAGCCAAAGAAGGAAAGAGGGAGUGAAAUCUUUUGCCAUUGAAGGUUGUGGAAAGACAACACCAAGUUCAUUUUGUUUCCUAAAGGGUAGUGGCAAUAAUCGACUCUUGGGGAGCUGUAGCCGUAGGCAUGUGGUUGGUGUGUAGGAAAUUGUUACCUCACUCCCAGGGUCUAGACUAGGAAUCCAGAAUCAUCUCUAUCAUCAAUACCCUGUCAUUCAGGAAUUAGGUUAUUCAGUCAUGGUGUUAUUUCCUGUUUAUGAAAUACUGGGGUCUUCCUAACAAAAUAAUGUUGCAAAUGGAACCCCUUUUGUUCUUUUUUUAAUCAAGACAAAAUAAGACAGGAAAAAGUAGCUGCAGUUCAGCAAUGCAAUGAAUACUGAUUCUUUAAAAUAAAUCUGAAAGUAAUAAAUUGAAUGAAUUGUGGUUGGAAAACUGAAGAAUCUACUGGUUGCCUAUGCAAGGUUACUUACUUUAUUCUUAUCUCAGUCUUUUUGAUAGCCAAUUCACUCUGCUACUAUUGAACUUUUUCCUAAAAAUAAGUACUUUAUUUUAAAUCAUUAUUUUCUACCUACACAAAAUAGUUCUAUUAACCUUAUAGUAAUGAGUCUGUUCCAGUGAUGGUCCCUUUGCAGUUUAGGAUGAGAAACAGCACAUUCUCUUAUAGAGGAAGAGAAAGUGAAAAAUGAGCCCACUAUGAGUUAGAAGUUUCUGAUUUUGAAAUCCUGAAAUUUUGUGAUCCUGAAAGCUAUAAUCUCCAUGACUUCAGGUCUAUUGAAAUCACUUUGAAUACUCUUUUCUUUCCCAUACAUAUUUGCUCUAGUUCUACUCAGUUUAUUAGUUAAAGGUACUAUAACCAAAGAAUCAGGGACUCUGCAUGAAUAUCAUGGUUCUGGUAAAUUGGAGAAAACUUGCUGUUAAACCAUGGUGGUUUCUAGUGGCAUAUUGUUCUGGUAUGCCAGCAUUAUUUAUUAACAUUUAUUUCCUUUCCCUCUAUAAAUGCCCAUAUUAGCUAGUGCCCAGAAAAGAGAAACCCCAUGCUAUGGUUGUAGCUGCUUGCUUUGUGAUAAAUAUUUUGCCACACCUUUGAAAAACUCACUCUAACCCUCCAUCUUGUUUACAUAAAGGCAAUGACUAAAUUUAUGUUUCAGAACCAUAAAACAAACAAGGUAGUUACCAAUAUGGCCCUGUGUACCUGAUUCAUUUCUGUAGCUUCUGACCAAAUCUAAGAUUUCCACGAGGGAAUCAUCUAUCUUCCUUAAAUCUGAAUAAUUAGCCUGUUUGUUUUCUGCCUAGUUAUUUAUACCAAGCAGAGAGAAAUACAUAGACUAUAUCAUCUCUGAGCUUCAAUAACUAAAGAAAAAUAAACAUCCCUGAUUGGCUUGAAUGUGUUUGUCUACAGUGUGACUGUGUCUGUGUAUAUAGAAUGUCUCUGUGUAUUUUACUUACAGUAUAUAAUAGACAUGAAAUGGUACCUUGUUGCAGUGUUUCUGACAUUUAGAGUAGUUCUGAAAUGCUCAGUUGGCAUCAGCACCACUACAGCAUUAUGCCUAGUGUAUGGUUCACUAAUGUUAGCCACAGGAACUGCUGUAUAUGCUAAUAGAUAAAUGAAUGAGAAGGACACUUGGAAGCUGCCGUAUACUAUGUUUGCAUAGUUUCUCUUUAAAAACAACUGCAAAAGGUUUUUCUGUAGCCAGGAUCCCAGAUUGCCCUGGCAUGAUGUUGCCCAUCGCAGGGAUGUGUUGAGCGAUACCUCUGCCCAAUCUGUUGUCAGUGCACCUAGGAGGCCAAGAGUGUAUUCAAUAGGAGGAAAGGGCCCCUGAUUUAACUAGAUUCUGAAUCUUGCCCAUAGCCAACCACAAUUUCCUUCAUGAUCAUUUCUUUCAUGUGGUAUCUAGUCAGAAGAAACUGAAGACAUUUCCUUUCACAGCUAUCCCAAGCCUGCUGCCUUGUUCACAGUACAGGGGACCUCUCCUCCUUUCCUUUUGAAGGUACUCCCCCUCUUCCCAUCCCCACUCCUCACCCAUACCUCAGCACCAGGAGCCUUGGGAUUUCUCUCCAUGUGAUAAAUCAUUAUUCUCCUUCACAUAAAUACACUUAAUAUUAUUUUUUGUACAGAAAAUCUUGAUAGCCAUCAGAACACCUUGGUGAUAGUCUUGUUGCAAAAUUGACCAUAGAAGUGGCCCAUGUAUAAAAUCUUUUGAGUGUUUUCAAGAUUUGUUCCCCCACCUCGCAUGUUGACCUUUCAAGAGUUGUUAGAAAUCCAUUGUUAGCAAUAAAACUUAACUACUAGCAUGCAGAGUCUUCAUUUUAUUGCCAGGCUAUAGCCAUUGUUUGAAGUGAGUUUUUUAGAAACAUUUUGGUAACGCUUAGCAAUGCCUAAGUAAACCAACUUCAUGUAUUUUAAUCAAUCAUAAGUAAAACCAAUAUGUAGGAGACUCCUCUGGUAGAACUGUAGUUACUAUUGAUCUUAGGUAAAGAAGGUAGAAAGCAACUGUGCAAGACCCUCUAGGCUUCUCUGUUAUCCUAAUUCAGAAGAUGAGGACUGUGUCCUAGUCAAGAGCAGUAUGAGGGAAUUAAUUUUGGAAGAGCAAAAUUGGCUGGCUUUCUAAGGCCAAGCUAGAAGUGGUCUCUAGAGUUUGUAUUUCACCCUGUGGCCAAACCACAGAACUUCUGAGGUUGCAGAAGAAUUUAUAUAACCAGCAGUGAAGGAGAGUUUCCUGCUGGCCCUAGCUUGCUACUCCUUCUGAUGUAAAGAGCUUAAAAAGCUGUUCUUAAGUAAGGCAGGGCCUGAUUUGGUAUGAGCUUUAACUCUGCUCUGCCUUUAUCCCUAAUCAUAGACAAUGGAAAGAAACUUUACCAUUUAGAAGUUGUCUUACUAU